CCCAAACUUAGAGAAGCGCACUCACGAGCAACGAAAAGAAAAGCGGCAGAAACAAGAGAGUAGUUGCGGAGCAGUUGAGUUGAGAUAUAUAUAUCAAAUCCACCAUGGUGGAAUUGGUAUGUAGCGUCCUUCUUGCUCGAUCACUACCAGUCAGAUAUAUCGAUCACGGGCUAGCUAUAUCACCAAAUCAAUUAACUCGAUCACGCAUCUUCACCUCGGUCUCCGUCCCCAUCAGCCCACCCAAUAUGCCGACGAGGGCCUGGCGGCCGGUGGCGGCGGCCAAGUGCUGCACGGCGGACGAGCAAGUGGCGGUGGGCAAUCUGAGCCGGUGCCGGCCCACGCGGGUGGAUUUCUUCUCGAGGAAGGUGGCGGAGUUGACGGCGUUCCGGCGGCUGCAGGAGACGAGCAAGGAAGAGGAGGAGGCCGCCGUGGCGUCGGUGGGGGCGGGGCUGUACGCCUUCCACCUCACCGAGCUGCGGGCCAUCACCCACGACUUCUCCAGCCACUUCUUGCUGGGGGAGGGGGGAUUCGGGACGGUGCACAAGGGCUUCGUGGAUGACAAGAUGCGGCCGGGCCUCAAAGCGCAGCCUGUCGCCGUCAAGCUGUUGGACGUCGGCGGACUUCAGGGACACCGGGAGUGGCUGCAGGCGGAGGUCAUAUUUUUGGGACAAUUCCGGCAUCCGCAUCUGGUGAAACUGAUCGGCUACUGCUGCGAGGACGAGGAGCGUCUCCUUGUCUACGAGUUCAUGCCUCGCGGCAGCCUUGAGAACCAUCUCUUCCACAGAAUUUCGAUAUCGCUGUCGUGGGGAACGAGGUUAAAGAUCGCGAUCGGAGCGGCCAAGGGCCUGGCCUUCCUCCACGGCGCCGACAAGCCCGUCAUUUACCGCGAUUUCAAGACCUCAAACAUCCUCCUCGGCCAUGAUUUUACUGCGAAACUGUCCGACUUUGGACUGGCAAAGAUGGGCCCGGAAGGCGAGGAGACGCAUGUCACCACCAGGGUGAUGGGCACCCAUGGUUACGCGGCCCCCGAAUACGUCAUGACAGGCCACUUGACGACCAAGAGCGACGUGUACAGCUACGGCGUGGUCCUCCUGGAGCUGCUCACCGGCCGGCGGUCCGUCGACAAGUCCAGACCCAAAGCAGAGGAGAAAUUGGUGGACUGGGUUAGGCCAUAUUUGGCCAGCAGCCGGCGUCUGCGCUGCGUCAUGGACCCCAAGCUCGCCGGUCAUUACUCUCUCAAGGCCUCUCGGGAGGUGGCCGUGCUGGCAGCGCAGUGCAUCAGCCCAAGUCCUAAGGAUCGGCCACGGAUGGCCGCCGUCGUGCAGGUUCUGGAAGGCCUGGAGCAUCUCAAGGACAUGGCGGUCAGCUCAGGAGCGUAUCAUCCUCCCACCGCCGCCGGAGGCGGCACCAUAGCUCGCCGGUGUGGUGUUUCGGUCGGCUUAGCCAAGGUGGAGAAUAGAAAAAAGCUUGCUUGAAUAAUUACUCUUUAUAAUAUGUGCAUAGUCAGCUCAUGAUCUGCAAUUGUUGGUCCAUUGGAACAACUCUUUUAAUUGGGUACUACCUAAAUUCAAAUAGUCAACCAUGAGAUCUUCGA